AUGGCCCCUCAAAAGAAGAACAAGAAGGAUGCAAACUCCAUCAAUUCCAAACUUGCCCUCGUCAUGAAGUCCGGAAAGGUCACUCUUGGCUACAAGUCUACCCUCAAGAGCUUGCGAUCCGGCAAGGCCAAGCUGAUCAUCAUCGCCGGCAACACUCCUCCUCUCCGCAAGAGUGAGCUCGAGUACUACUCCAUGCUGUCCAAGGCUCCUAUCCACCACUUCUCUGGCAACAACAUUGAGCUCGGUACUGCUUGCGGUAAGCUCUUCCGCUGCUCUACCAUGGCCAUCCUCGACGCUGGUGAUUCCGAUAUCCUCAGCGACCAGCAGGCUUAA